UAUUACGUUAUUUCAUACUGUAUAAAACGCAUUAAAAUCAGACAUAAUUGACAUAAAUAAUUUGUAUCAAAUGUGUCUACGCAUUUCGUAAAAAUGUUGUCGAGGUUCCAUCAUUAUCACGGUUCCAACAUUAUUUUGUUCGAAGAAAACACUGUUGCGUAUAGAAAAGCGAGUUUUGCACAUGGUUUGACGUUUAGCGAGAAGCCGCUGUUGCCGGGGGAGAUAUUUUUAGUGGAAAUUGAGAAGACUGAGCGCGGUUGGAGUGGGCACAUGCGUCUAGGUUUGACGCUGCUAGAUCCGCAAACUGCAGCUUUGGGUGACAAAGGAUUACCGCAGUAUGCUCUCCCUGAUCUGGCUAAUACUGGUAUGUCCUGGAUAUUCCCCAUUUCAAAAUCACAGAACAAUGUUUUGAUUGAACUUGUGAACCAAGGAGCGAGUGGGCGUCGAGAAACCGAGCCACGCGUUUCCGUACUUGGUGACGGACAUACCGUUCGUACUCCGCGAGGUUACAUAUCUAAGAUGCUCUUAAAACCUCAGACAUAUUCACAAAAUGGUACCCCACAAGGGAUAUUACCUAUGGAUGCUGGUAGUCGCAUAGGUGUUGUAUUUGUACCAUGCCCAAAAAUAAAGAAAGAUGAGCCUGACUUAGCAGAAAUGCACUUUAUUAUAAAUGGAGAAGAUCAGGGUCCUUGUACAAAAGCGAUUCCGUUUACUAAAGGGCCAUUACAUGCUGUUGUUGAUGUCUAUGGUACAACAAAGCAAGUGAAAAUUGUUCAACUUUAUGGAGUGAAAACACUACAACAUGCAUGCCGAGAUGCAAUACUACAGAGAGUGAACAAUCACGGAUCUGUCAAAUUACUGCCAUUGCCAAAAUGUUUAAAAGAGUUUUUACUUUCAUAGGUUUGAAAAUAUAAUACUUUGAAAGGACAAUAAAUUGUUGUGGACAUCCUGUACAGUUUAAAGGCUUCUAUGUAUUUUGAAAUGGAUCAUACCCAUGACUAGCGUAGUUUGUAUCCAUAUGCUUGUUUAAUUUUUAAGUUGAUUAUUUUCACAAUUCUUUAUGUACUUGACUUAUUAUUAAAAUUCCAUCAUUGAAAGGUAUUUGUAUCAUAUAAAUUAAUAUAUUAUCUAAAAGGAUCUGUUCUAUAGGAAGUGAUUGCUUGUGAAAUAAGACUCAAGAAAGGAGAAGGAGCUGAAAAGAUAAGCUUUAUUCCAAUACAAUAUGGAAUUGAUUAAUGAAUCUCUACUAAGCACUAAUAAUAAUGUGUCAACAUUAUACCCAACACAAUAAUGUAAAUUUCACAAAAUGUAUUCCAAGUGUCAUGUACAGUCAAUGCCCUAAGAUAUCUAACCCUCUUAACUGAGUAUUUGGUUCUGAGGAGAUCAGUGUGAAGACAGAUAUUAAAAAAAACUUAACUUUUAACAUGUGAGCUGUAAAAUUAAUUUUGGUAUUUUAUUUAUUUAUUUAUAAAAACACAAUGUAAACUUACAGUAACAACCAAAACAAUUUCAUCCUAAUUUCUUAUAGUACAUACAUAUUUCAUAUGCUAAGUUUACCUUAUAAACUACUUUAGUAAUGCUUUUGAAAAAAAUAUCAGCAUCCUGGACCUUGGGGACUAGACAAUUAAGCAACGUGAGACAUAUUUCGUGGGCGCGUUGUCAGCCCGGCGGCAAGUGUGUCCCCAUGCGACACACAAUUGGCGCAAACAAUUGAUAUCGGCAUCGGCGCCUGCAGACGUUCCUGUUUGGCACAAACAAAUCUACGUUGCUCAGUGUUCCGGGAUUGUCCACCUUACCUCGCAGAAGAAAUACGUAAUGGAGUACAAGUUCGAACUUUACGUCUUACUUCCAAGGUGUCAAGACCGACCAUUCUGUAGACAAAUAAGGAAGGGAAGAGCAGCAGAUAGUAACCAUACAUUAUCUUAUAUAAGUAUCGAGCGAAUUUGCAUUGUGUUUUUUCAAUCUGCAGUAUUUAUCCAAUCCUCAUAAGGAUCCGCGCAGUAUUGCAGCCUACUUCUUACAAAUGCAUUGUAAAGUAUAAAUGUGCCACACUAGAAUCACGAAACUCUGAGGAUGCUUGCAUGAUAAAACCAAAAGUUUUAUUGGCCAUUUUGCAGAUAGUCGUGAUGUGGUUAUAAAGUUGGGCUUGGGGUCAAUUAUUACUCCCAGAUCGCGAAUAGACUGUACUGUGUUACCUAUAGAAUACUGGUAAUUUACAGGGGCGAUAUCUCGUGUAAGACUUUAUUUUGCAUUUACUGAUGUUAAAAGUUUGUUUUCACACCAUACAGAUACCAACCAAGUCUUCCUUAUUGCAUCAUUAUUAAAUAAUGUUUUAAAAAACGUUAUAAGCCAACUUAAUCUUUAAUUAUAUUACAUAAAUGUAAACUUCAACUAAAAAGCUGGAAUUCUUUUACACAUAUCUGUUACCAAACCAAAAACUUGGUUAGAAAUCAAGUAUCUUAGAGCAUCAACGUACUAUUGUUGUUGUAUAAAUUCUAGGUAAUUGUACUGAUCCUUGUUUCUUCAAUUAUUAUUUUUGAAAUUAAGCUGAACACAGCAAUUCGAUGUAAAAAUAAAUGUUUUACUAUAUGUAUUGAGCUAAAAAUAUAUGUUUUUAUCUUGAAAGACAACUUGUGCCACAAAAAAUAAGUUUUUAAGUGUUGUGAACACAUGGGCCCUAGGUAUAUGAUCUGAUUAUAGGGGUAAGAUAAAAUAAAGUUGUAAAAUUUAAAUAGAUUAUAAAUGAGGCUAGAAUUGCAGUUAAGUAGAAUCUAGCAUUUGUUGCAACAACUUUAUGACGCCACUGGAAUGUCAUCAUGCAGAGAAUUCAUUGAAACAGAUGUAAUGUAAAUAUGGAGCACACUGUUAAUUAAGAUGUCACAAUUGCGCUACAAAGAUUAUGAUAGUUGUGCUGAUAACUUAAUAGUUUUGUUACUCUACGAACAAAGGUUUUGAAAGCUCUGCUGAGAUGCCUUUAUGUGGCUGAUGGAAGUUUAUCUUUAGAUAGUUUCUCUGUGAGCUCAUCCUUUAUUAGUUUAAUUGUAUUGUCAAGGUCAUUACCUUUACAAUACAAUUAUAAGAUUGACUCACAUUGGUUCUUGUGUGGGGUGAUAUGUGUGAUCUAAUUUAAUUUGUCAUUGCUAGAUUUGGAAUAACAACCAGCAGUCGUUGUAUCCCACAUGCGGUCAAUUAAAGUAUGUCUUACAUACACCGGACCGAGUU